GUAAAUUUAGGAAUUGCAUCAGCAGGUUGCCCACAUGGUUCUCUGUGUUUCGGAGUGGCAGAAAAGACUGCAUCGUUGAAGAACACAGACAGUAACAAAUUCAAAUUUGGAUCAGAAAGAUGUCUGGAGAGAAACCGAAAGUUGUUUUGGCUUACAGCGGUGGCCUAGACACUUCUUGCAUUCUUGUCUGGUUGAUAGAGAAGGGCUUUGAUGUUAUCUGCUAUCUGGCUGACAUUGGUCAAGAUGAAGAUUUCGAAGCAGCCAGGGAGAAAGCCAGCAAGCUUGGUGCAAAGAAAAUAUACAUUGAAGAUUUAAAGUCAGAAUUUGUAGAGGAAUUCAUAUUUCCAACAGUCCAAGCCAAUGCUAUUUAUGAAGAUAGAUAUCUUAUGGGCACAGCCAUAGCAAGGCCAUGUAUUGCUAGGAAGCAAGUAGAAAUUGCAAAGAAAGAAGGAGCUGAAUAUCUUUCCCAUGGAGCAACUGGCAAGGGUAAUGAUCAGAUCAGGUUUGAGCUGACAUACUAUGCACUGUAUCCUGCUGCAAAGGUGAUUGCUCCAUGGAAGAUGCCUGAGUUUUUUGAGAGAUUUCAAGGACGACUGGAUCUGUUUGAUUAUGCACAGAAAAACAACAUUCCACUUCCAGUCACACCAAAGAGCCCAUGGAGUAUGGAUGCAAAUCUGAUGCACAUAAGCUACGAAUCAGGAAUACUUGAAGAUCCUGCGGCACCAGCACCUGAUGAUAUUUAUCAGAUGACCUCUGACCCAGCCAAAGCUCCUGAAAAGCCGGAAAACAUUGAGCUUGAGUUCAAACGAGGUGUCCCGGUUAAAGUUAAAAAUCUCGAUGAUGGUACUGUGUUUGAGAAGCCUCUUGAUAUAUUUUCUUAUUUGAACAAAGUCGGGGGUAGACAUGGAGUGGGUCGAAUUGACAUUGUUGAAAACAGAUUUAUUGGAAUGAAAUCACGAGGCAUCUAUGAAACUCCGGGCGGAGAAGUUUUGCGAGAAGCUCACCUGGAUAUUGAAACUUUCACCAUGGAUAGGAAUUUACGAAAGAUCAAGCAACAGCUGUCCACGGAUUUUUCAGAACAAAUUUACAAUGGGAUGUGGUAUAGUGCCGAAUGUGAAUUUGUAAGAUUUUGCAUUGACAAAAGCCAAGAAUUUGUCGAGGGCAGUGUCAAGUUGGCCAUCUUUAAAGGAAAGGUUACAUCAUUGUGUUUUUGCAUCUGCAGAUUUUGCAUUGACAAAAGCCAAGAAUUUGUCGAGGGCAGUGUCAAGUUGGCCAUCUUUAAAGGAAAGGUCUACAUUAAGUCUAGAGAGUCAAAGAUGUCUCUUUACAAUCAAGAACUAGUAAGCAUGGAUGUUGCUGGUGGGUAUGAUCCACGUGACUCAGGUGGCUUCAUCAAAGUGACAGCCCUCAGGCUGCGAGAACAUGCCAGAUUGCAAGGACUGCAAAAGAAGUGAUUUUCAGUAACUAUCCAAGCUUUUGAAAGAAGCUUGAAACUACAACGCAUUGAAUAGAUCAUUGUAGACCGUGUUAUUAACAAUUGUGUUAUAAAAGUUAUUUAUCUAGGUAGUCAAAGAAUUGCCAACUAGCAAAUGGGCAUUAUAUCAUUUGAGUGCAGCUUAACUGAGA